CUUGCCCUCCGUUUCAUCCAGAGACUGUGGUCAGACCCCCUUGGCUGAGGAGCAGCUCCCUGGUGUCUGGCACAGCACUGAGAUCAACCAAAGCUUGAUCAGGGCAGCUCUAACACCACUCUCCUGAGUGGGCUCUGCUGUUUAACCACUGAGCUCCCACUGCAAUGGAUAGAGGCAUUAACUGGGUGCCUUUCUCCCAGCUGAGGCUACUUCCACCAGGCUCAUAGCAACUCCUUCCCUCUGAGCCCACACCUUUUCAUCAGACACACAACAUUUACCAUCAGCUUUCCUUUACUAAAAUCUUGUUUGCAGCUGUGGUUCAGCUGAAAGAUUCUGUGCUCAGAUGCCAUGCACUCAUCCCUAUCCAGGGAUAGGGUGGCUGUGGCGGAAGGGUGCUCGGAUGGUUGGGAACACAAGGGAGAGGGAUUGGGGCCCACAUGAGCAGCUGGGUUUGCUUGCAAGCUGGGAGGUGGGACACAGCAGGGGCGGGGGAAGAGGGCUGUGCCCCCAAGGUAUGUCCCUGCACUAUAAAAAUUACUUUGGCUGGAUCCAGAGUCAGGGGAAAAAAGCAGCUUCCACCUCUGCUACUGACUGCAACAGCCUUGUCCAGGCAGAAGGACCCUGAGCAAAGGCAGGACCUGAGGAUGAAUGUUCAGGCACUGGCAGUCACCACACUCCUCCUGGUGCUGCUCUGCUCAGCCCCAGCACUAUCUGGGACACUGGGGAGCCAGGCCAGCAACCUGGAGAGGCAGGCAGGGGCUGGGUUCCCUGAAGAAGCCCCUUGGCCACCUGGAGAUGGAGGGGACAAGCUGCCUGGGCAGGGCUCAGAGAGGAGCCACCCUCUGGCCAGCGCAUGGAAAGUGAUGAGAGAGGCACACCCGAGCUCCAGGUCCCUCAGCAAGGCCAUGGCCAAAGCUCUCCUGGGCAGUGGGGAGCAGGUUGCCCCUGGCAAGCCCUGGAGGCUCCCACUGCAGCCCUCCCGCAGCAGGAUGGCAAGGCUGAGCCACCACCUGAAGGACUACGGGAAGUUCAACAGCGACACGCACUCCUGCCACAGCAUCCAGUCCCGGCCCUGCCAGAAGCCCUCUGACUGUGGUGGCUGCCUGGGGCUCUACACCUGCAAGCUGCCUGCUGGCACCUGCAACCUGAAAUCUGUCUCCAGGCAGAGAGGUGGCUUCCUCCAAAGCAUACAGAGCCGUUAGAUGGAGAGUCAAGGGCUUAGAUGAUGCCCUCAUCUCGGAACAGCACAGCUCAAACAAAGCUGAAGAGGUUGUCCUGCAGCUGGAGAUCAACACUUCCUGUCCAAGUUUCUUUUUAAAUCCUUAAUGACUCAGUUGUAAAUGUUUCUUUCAUUGUACUUCUCUUGCUGCUGCUUUUUAACACCCCCUUUGGAUUUUAUACAUUAUAUAGGCUUGAUUCCCACUUUCCUGAGAGCAGCCAAUAAAUUUACUGAGUGGUCAUGGAGCCCUGUGCUGGCAGAGCCCCUUUGGAGCUCCCCAGUGAGGCAAACAGGGCUAUUUCACAAGCCUUUUUAUUUGGAGCCAUUAGGUUAUUGCAGUAAAAGCUGCCAGUAUCUCAGUAUGCUCACAUACCAACUCAAGCUGAGCUAAGCAUUGGGCAACCUGGGAUCCCUCCCUGCUCCUUACCACAGCUCCUGCCAAGAAAAGCCAAGUCCCACAUUACUUAAGGAGAGGAACGUGGAGUCCCCAGAAGCAGGCUUGGCAGUGUGGGACCAUGUAGGAGACCUGCUUCUGAAGGCUGGAGCCGAGCCACAGAUCAGCUUUAUUUAGCAUCCCACAGAGCUUUGCAGGCAUCCUGGCUAC